AUGCACCUUUUGUCACCAGGGCUGCGGUGGAGAGUUUGCGCGCCGCGAAAAUCUGCGGGCGUCCGGAGAAACGCCGGGGGGCAGUCCGGCCGGCCGCGAGCCCUUGUCUAAGUCACUUUCCACUCUAGGACUCUGUUUCUUCUUGCAUAAAAUUUCCUACGAUCCCUCCGGGCCAACUAAUCGCUCAAAGAAUCAGAUUCAAACGAUCGCUUAAGCAACCGCAUUCCGCGACCCUGCGCCUCGAGUUUGCGGGAGCCCGGGCGGCGGCCACGCCCCUCUCCGUCCGCCCCGCCGCGCUCCAGGCCCGCGGGCGGGCUUUGCGCACCUCCAGGGGUCGAGCCCGGCGGUCUUCUCGGCCGGCGCCGCGGCUGCCUAGCGCGUGAUUUCACCAGCGUCCCGGCCAGUGGGGCACCAAGAAGCCUGGUCGCCGCCCACUGCCCAGCCGGCAGGUGCCAGGACCCCGCUUCGCCCAGCCGCCGGGCGUCCGCGGGCCUGAAGAGGUUAAGGCCGCCGGCCUGGACGCCCGGCCCGGGCCCCCCGAGCGGCGGUGCCCGGAGGCCAGCGAUCCAGCCCGGAGGCGCGGGACUCGGCAGCGGGCGGGCCGGCGCUUCCUCCUCCUCCUCCCUCCGCCUCCUCCUUUGUAGCGAGUUCCCGGCCCCUCUUCCUCCCCCCGCCCCCCAGCCCAGGCCCGCUCCCUCGCUCCCUUUCUUCCUGCCUCGCCUUCCUGCGGCGAAAGAGGCUCAUCUAUUAUAAAUGCACAUUCGGGGCUGACAUCAGCGAAGAGCGGCGGGCGAGCGCCGACGAGCCGUCCCUGCGCUCUGCCCGUCCGGAGCGCGGGCCCCCCGGCUCGGCUGAGCCUCCCGCGGGGCGCGCGGAGCGCGCCCAGAGCCGCCCGGGCCGCCAGCGCUCGGAGACGCGCGGGACCCCUUCCCGCCGCCGCCCGGGCCCCCCAUCAGACCCUGCCGCCGCCCCCGCACGCCGCGCCCGCGCCUCCGCAGCGCCCGGGAGUUCCUGCAUGACUGUCACAAAGAUGUCCUGGCGUCCGCAGUACCGAAGCUCCAAGUUCCGGAACGUAUACGGAAAGGUGGCCAACCGAGAGCACUGCUUUGAUGGGAUCCCCAUCACCAAGAACGUGCAUGAUAACCACUUUUGUGCCGUCAACGCCCGCUUCCUGGCCAUCGUCACUGAGAGCGCGGGAGGAGGGUCCUUCCUAGUCAUCCCCCUGGAGCAGACAGGCAGGAUUGAACCCAACUACCCCAAGGUCUGUGGUCACCAAGGGAAUGUGCUGGACAUCAAGUGGAACCCCUUCAUUGACAACAUCAUUGCCUCGUGCUCGGAGGACACGUCGGUGCGGAUCUGGGAGAUCCCGGAGGGCGGGCUGAAGCGGAACAUGACGGAGGCUCUCCUGGAGCUGCACGGGCACAGCCGGCGCGUGGGGCUGGUGGAGUGGCACCCCACCACCAACAACAUCCUGUUCAGUGCCGGCUAUGACUACAAGGUCCUCAUCUGGAACCUGGACGUGGGUGAGCCUGUGAAGAUGAUCGACUGCCACUCGGAUGUGAUCCUCUGCAUGUCCUUCAACACCGAUGGCAGCCUGCUCACCACCACGUGCAAGGACAAGAAGCUGCGUGUGAUUGAGCCCCGCUCCGGCCGUGUUCUGCAGGAGGCCAGCUGCAAAAACCACAGAGUGAACCGGGUGGUGUUCCUGGGGAACAUGAAGCGGCUUCUCACGACAGGGGUCUCCAGGUGGAACACAAGACAAAUUGCCCUCUGGGACCAGGAGGACCUGUCCAUGCCUCUGAUCGAGGAAGAAAUUGACGGGCUCUCUGGCCUCCUGUUCCCUUUCUAUGAUGCCGACACCCACAUGCUCUACCUGGCUGGAAAGGGGGAUGGAAACAUCCGGUACUAUGAGAUCAGCACAGAGAAGCCCUACCUGAGUUACCUCAUGGAGUUCCGCUCUCCAGCACCGCAAAAAGGCCUCGGGGUCAUGCCCAAGCACGGGCUGGAUGUGUCGGCUUGCGAGGUGUUCCGCUUCUACAAGCUGGUGACUCUUAAGGGCCUGAUCGAGCCCAUCUCCAUGAUCGUGCCCCGGAGGUCAGAUUCCUACCAGGAAGACAUUUACCCCAUGACGCCAGGCACAGAGCCAGCCCUGACCCCCGAUGAGUGGCUGGGAGGCAUCAACCGAGAUCCCGUGCUGAUGUCUUUGAAAGAAGGCUAUAAGAAGUCCUCAAAAAUGGUAUUUAAGGCUCCCAUCAAAGAAAAGAAGAGCGUUGUGGUCAAUGGAAUAGAUUUAUUAGAAAAUGUCCCACCCAGGACAGAGAAUGAGCUCCUCCGAAUGUUCUUCCGGCAGCAGGAUGAGAUUCGGCGGUUGAAAGAGGAGCUGGCCCAGAAGGACAUCCGCAUUCGGCAGCUACAGCUGGAACUGAAGAACUUGCGCAACAGCCCCAAGAACUGUUAGCUCUCGGUGGGGCUGCUUUCUAAGCCGAUCUCUCCAUGGUUUCUACUCGUCUCUUACCUUCCCCUUAUCCUGUGACCCCAGAGACAGAGCCAGGAUGGGAGCUGGGGAAGAGGCUGAGGAGGAGAGCCCCACCUGUCACCUCAAGAACUGGAAGCUGAUCUUUGAUCUCUUGACCUCAUGCUAAUAAAAGGUCCCAGCCUCUGCUGGAGACCCACCACUGGCAGCCCCAUCUCCUGCCUGCCACUUUCCUGGCUGGACAAAGACCAUGGAUUCCCUGAGGGGUGGUCUCCACAGACCAGGGAGCAGAGGAGGAAACUGGGACCCCCGUAGAUUUAGAACUGGAACCUUUCCCUUGCAAAGGAGGCUGCUGCCAUGACUUCUCAGCACCCACUGCUGGGGAUCACAGCACCCUGAUGGACCAACCUGGAAGGGCUGGACGGCAGGCAUCACCUGUUCUCCCUCCCCUCUCCUCCCCCCCGCAGCCCUGGAAGCCAGAUUCAUCUGACAAGGGUUGCAAGCAGCCCCGCUCCUUUCUGUCUCUUGCCCCCUCUUUCUUGUCUUCAGGGAAUUAAGAGGAUCGCUCGCCAAGGCCAUAAUGACCCCUUGCCUUCCCAUGAAUCUCUUCAAAGCUCUUGCAAUACUCCUUCCCCAUUUAACUGGUGAGGCAGGCAGCGUAGGGAACAGUGUCCCCAUUUUACAAAUGCCAGAACUGAGAGCUGCACUGGCGAAGUGACUUACUAAGUCACCCAACAGGUCAACAGUGGACCCAGGUCCUAGGGUGUCCAGACCCCAGGCCAGGGCCCUUCCCACUGCAUCAAGAUGCCAAUCCUCUGGUGGCUUCCCCAGUGCCCAAGUAUGUGUGGAGAAUGAGAACUGGAAGCCACUUCUAUCGUCUGCCCAACACCAGUAGUGCCAAUGUGUCACACUGCCCAGUUGAGGCCCCUCACACUCAGUGCCCCUCCAUCCCCUCGGCCCCCCUGCCCUGUUCCCCCCCAGGGGACUCCCUCUGAGAUGAGGCCUCUUCCUCCUGGAAGCUGAGGCUGAGGAGGGGGAGUUGGGCCCCGGAGAAGGCACAGCAGGGGUCUGCUCACUUGCACCAAGUGGAUGAUGCCCUGUGUGUGUCUCUCACCACUACUAUCUCAGCCACAUUCAGCCUUAUGCUCGUAGAAUGACCACAGCCCUUCACGCUGGUGUAGCACUUUAAAGUUUACGCAGUUCUUCAAUACAUCGGAUCUCACUGGAGUCUCUGGUCUGCUCCCGGAGGUAGGGAGCAGUCUUUCCAUUCUGUAGAUGAAGAAACUAAGGAGUGGCCUGAGGUCACAGACUCUUUGGAGAUGUCACAUUUCAUUUGGUCUUCUACACAUUUUCUUUUCUCUCUUUUUCUCCAUUUCCCACCACCCACAGUGUCCAUAAACACUGUUCUCCACAGAAUCACCACAGUCUGGGGGUGAGAUCCGGCCUGGGAAUCAAGUGGGUGCCCUCCCUGCUCUUGUUCACUUGGAUCUGCCGCACACAUUGUGCCCUACACCUGCCUUUCCCGUGGCCACCCUGUAGGACAUCCACCAUGGGGGGCCAGGGUUCUGUAAGCCCCUCCUGGUGACCCAGGCAUGGAGAGCCCUCCGGCCCUUGGGGUUCCCCCCGCCACCAGAACCACCCAUCCUCUCGCCAGCCAGAGCAACAUCUCACCCCCGCCCGCGCAGCUGGACAGUGUCAGCUCUCAUUGCCUCCUCCCCACACUUCUUGCGCUUUUUUUUUUCUUCCCCAUUGACCUUUGUGGUCUUCUGUGAUUAUUUAUGCUGCCUCCCAAGGGUAGAAUUGAAAUAAAAUGUUUUCAAAUU